CGUGUGCAAGCUCUUUUGCUCUUCCUCUAAUUACUUUAUUAAAAAUGGAACACCAAACCGAGAAGGCUUUCCAAAAGCAAGCUGGUAUUUUCCAAAACUCCAAGGACGCCAAGAAGCGUAACCAACGUUGGUUCAAGGAAGUCGGUUAUGGUUUCAAGACCCCCAAGGAAGCCAAGACCGGUACCUACAUCGAUAAGAAGUGUCCCUUCGUCGGUGAAGUCAACAUCCAAGGUCGUAUCCUUACCGGUAUUGUCACCUCCACCAAGAUGAAGCGUACCCUCGUUGUCCGUCGUGAUUAUCUUCAUUACAUUCCCAAGUAUAACCGUUAUGAGAAGCGUCACAAGAACAUCUCUGCUCACGUUUCCCCUGCUUUCGAGUCUGCCGCUAUUGAAGCUGGUGAUCUCGUUACCAUUGGUCAAUGUCGUCCUCUUUCCAAGACCGUUCGUUUCAACGUCCUUAAGGUCUCCAAGGCUAAGAGUGCUUCCAAGUCCUUCUCCAAGUUCUAAAUUUAAUUAUUUAGCAACUUAACUUUUUGUGCUAUAAAAAUUUGAAUAAAAACGAGUUUCUAUAGUUAUUUAA